ACUAAAUUUGUGGUCUGUUUUACCCUUUUGACGUCUUUCGCGAGUGAAAAUCGUAGCUCUCAAAUUUCUUCUACCUGGAGGCUUGUACAGCAUCCCUUAGAUGCUCAUUUUGUUCUAUCUGUCCCAAAGAAUGUUAGUCUAGUACCCAUUUGGACAUACGAUUCAUAAAAAUGUUUAUAUUACGAAUAAAUUAAUGCAGGUAUGAACUAAAAAAAGGGACCAACACACAUAUUUACAUACAUAUACAUGAUAAGUUAUCAAUGCAUACCCAUGCAUACCAAUACCAAUGCGUACUGACCACAUGUGUGGUAAGGAACGAAUCAUGAAUAAUUUGACAGAUGCACACUGGUUUCCUUUAACAUCUCAAGGAAACAUUUAUUCCAUGACAAAACUGUGUUCUAAUAGUGGCUACAAUAAAGUGUUAGUGGCCUCUUUAAAAAGAAAAAUAUACUCUUGUGAAUAUCAUUUAAUGCCAAAUCUACAUUUAAAACCAUUGGUUAAGGAGCUACUCUUUACAUACAUUCCCAGUGGUACAGAAAUUAUAUCCAUUGAUGCAUAUAAUAAGUCUGACGGUGGUGAUGGAUUUGUAAUAGGAAUAACUAUUUUAAAAGCAAGUACAGAUACAUCUGUAGAAAGGUAUUUAAAUAUAUAUACAGAAGGUGCAAUAGAUGGAGAAGGAGAUGAAGGGAGUUCAAUUGAAGCCAUAGCUCAAAAUUGUCUUACAGUAGAAUUACCAUAUACACCUUAUCAUUUGUAUCAUACUAUAUUACCACAACAGAAUUCUCAUAGCGAGGUUGUUUGGUUAUUAUCUGGUAGUGAUUAUAAGAUUCAUAUGAUCAGAGAAGAUAAAUUAAAUCAUGGUUAUAGUGAAUCAUCAAUUGAAAAAUAUUUCCCUGAAUUGCAUGAUAUCCAAGGAAUUGCAAUAUGGAUUAAUAUCUACUAUUAUGAUAAUUAUAAUUGGAGACUGACUGUAAUUGGUUGUGAAUGUGGUUUAGUUAUAGUAGCUAUAGUUAAUGUUUUGGAAUUGAAAGUCUGUAAAGCUUGGAAAUUAAGGUAUGAUAGACCUAUUUCCAGUGUAUGUAUAUUUCCACAACAAAACAAUGUCACGAAACCUUCCUUUCUUAAUUCUAGAGGUCCCAAAUGUUCUUUAAGUAAUGAAACAAAAUUAAAUGUUCUUAUUGUAAAUACAAGUAAUGCAGUUGUUUUCAUGGACAUUUUAAAUAAUGGAAUGGAUGAGGAUAUAACAUUAAAUGGUAGUGAAACAUCUGAUUGCAUUUUAUGCUCCUGUACUGCUGAUAUAAAUAUGGAUGGUCGAAAUGAAAUUCUCUUAGGAACCUAUGGUCAAGAGGUUUUAAUAUUCUGUUUUAUAAAUAAUACAUGGGAACUGAUCAUUAGAAAAUUAUUCGAUGCACCGGUGCAUUCUAUAUGUUACAUGGAUAUUACCAAUGAUGGAAUGAAAGAACUUAUUGUUCUUACACAACGUGGAGUUCAUAUACUACAGCACAAUAUUAUGGACGUAAAGGACAAAUGGAAAAAACGAUAUCGAAAAAUGCUUAAAGACAAUAGAACAUAAUUUUAAAUGUUGUCAGGGAAGAUCUAAAUAGAUGUUAUUAUUUAGAAUUAAUAUAAACAAAUUUUUGUAUAUGAAGAUUUUAUAUAUAUAUAUAU